GAUCUCGAAAAACCCCUCUCAAGUAAAACCCUUGCUCAUCCCUAAACCCUAAUCCUCUUCCUUCCUUCAUCAGCGCUGGGCUCAAAGAUGCCGAGAACGAGCACGGUUGAGAUCCCCGGUUGCCCGCCGCUGCGAGCCCUAACCACCGACGUCCUCGGCCUCGUCAAAGUUGUCGAAGCUCGAGGGAAGGCGGCGAUUCCCAAGGUCGUGGAGACGUGGGGCCCACCCGACGCUUCCCGCGGCAUCCUGGCUGCGUCCUUUGCCGAUGACCUGAAGCGACCGCUUAUAGCCGUUGCACGAAAAAAUAAUCUGGUUGAAAUUAUUAAUCCUUUGAAUGGACAUUCUCUUGCUGCAAUCAAAGUUAGCGAAUCUAGUUCCGGAGGCCUUUCUGUUGAAGAUGAUCCAAUUGUUGGAUUGCACCUCUUUAAGACAAAGAGAAACGAGUUAUCAUCCAAGUCUAAUGUGCUCCUUAUAUGUACGGAAAAAGGAAAAGCAAGCUUGAGGCCUAUUGCAACAACAAAUGCAUCACUAACCACAGCUACUGAUUCUCAAAGUACGUGGACUGUUAGCGCUGCUGGCAAAGUUAUCUGUUCUGCAGUGACUGCAAAUGAGAAAUAUGCUUUAUUUGGAGGGAAGGGGAUUGAACUGAACGUUUGGGAUCUCGAUAACUGUAGUAAAACCUGGACAUCAAAAGCUCCUCCACGUAACAAUCUCGGUUUAUUCUCUCCAACUUGGUUCACUGCCGCAACAUUUCUUAGCAAAGAAGACCAUCAUAUAAUUGCAGCUGGAACAAACAAUCAUCAGGUCCGCCUUUAUGAUAUUUCUGCUCAAAGAAGACCUGUUAUAUCAGUUAGUUUCAGAGAGACGCCAAUUAAAGCAGUCACUGCAGAUCCAGAUGGUCAUACUGUCUAUGUAGGGACUAGUUCUGGGGAUCUCGCUUCCUUUGACAUACGAACAGGUAAAUUAUUAGGGUGCUUCAUUGGCAAAUGUUCUGGAAGCAUUAGGUCCAUAGCGAGGCAUCCGGAGCUACCGAUAAUAGCUUCAUGUGGUCUUGAUAGAUAUUUGCGAAUUUGGAGUACAGAGACCAGGCAACUCCUUUCUGCAGUCUUCCUCAAACAGCAUCUCACAAAUGUAUCAAUUGAUUCACAUUUCUCCUAUGAAGAACCAGCUGGUUCUGCUGAUCAACCAAACAAUGUGAAAGCGGUUGAACAUACUGAAGCUGAUAACACUGACGAUGACCACGACGACGAUGAGUUGUUCUUCAAGAAAAGCAAGAAACCAAAGAUAAGGGAGAAAAACAAGGCAAAGAAAAAUAACAAGCGAGCGCCUGAAGAGAUAGCACAAGAAGAUGAUUCAUUUAGCCUUAGCGAAGAUGACACUGAUAAACUGAAGGCUUUGAAAAGAAGAAAACCACCUGCAGAAGGAGAAGGGCGAACUAAAAAGAUAAAGAAGAAUAAGAGCAAGGGAGCCCAAUACAAUAACUGAGCUAUAAUUUAAUCACAUGUUAGUGCCAUAUCAGCAGCGCUUACCAAAGCUGCCAUAUUAACUUCAAAUUUUGAACACGAGUUUUGAGCAAAGAGCAGAAUGAUGAAACUAGAAGUGAAGGGAUAAUGUCGGGGCUGCUCAAGUUGACUGAGACGGCAGAAUGAGAUCCACGGAAACAGCAAAUCCAAGGCAUUUUAUAGUAUUUUUGUAACUUGAUUGUAUUGUUUUUGUCCCAAAAACGACCAAAAACGAGUUUCUUGAAAAGCUCAUUUAUAUGUUUAUUUUUUUCUCUAUUUUUUGUGACUCCUUAACCAUGGUAAUUGUAUGUGCUUGAGAACACUUAAAGAGUUUGGUAAGAGGCCAUGAGGCUUGACUUUUCUGUUCUGUUGA